AUAGGAUCCAGAUACCGCGAUACUUCCUAAAUGUUGAGUCUUUCGCAAUCUAGUAGCCUUUCUGUGUUAAACUAUCGCACCAAAGUCGCCAUAUCAAACGCGUCAUGCAAAACACUUCUGCGUCGCACUCAUCAAUUCGAAAUUCCUCAAAAUGUCCCAUCAUUUUAUGCCCUACGGUUCUGACGGAAACAACCCUCCUCGAUCACUUAGUAAGUGAGCACAAGAACAUCGACAUCAAGUCUGUGAACGAUGGCGAAAAAGCGCAGCUAUCUUUCCGCGAGUCCAUCUUCCCGUAUGGCCAACCAGUUUGUAUGGGAUUGUUGCUGUACGGUGGAAAAGGAACCCAUUUGCGUCCCGUCCAAACUGGACUUGCUCAUCGCAAUUCGAUUCUGUCGGCCAGUUGUGCAGCCUUCGAAAAGCACCUCCCGGUAAUGGUCAUGGGAUGCAAAACUCACCUAACAGAUAUGCUGGAAGACGACGACAUACCACCAGAAAUGUUCAAUGACAUUUGUCAAGAGCGGGAAGCGGCCCAGGAUGGAUCAGAUCCGGAGCAGGACAUAUUUGUGCUGUGGUUGAUUGCUCCGAGUACGACCAGGCCUGUAUACGGGGACCUGACCAUAAGCGAUGCGGAACGUAACGUUGUGCGAGGUUGUCGAAUGCUGGUUCGCGAAUUUCAGAAAUGGCUGCUGCCGAAGACGUUUUUGAGCGAAGGAAUGGACUAUCUGAUGGUGAACCGUGGUGAAAUGAAUUUAUUGACUCGGGGUGAUGAGUCUGAUCUGGAGAUGGAGGUGUGUAUAGAGGAAGGUAAAAUGGAAGUGUAAUCAAUGCAUUCCAGCUAAUAUACAUACUUCAUAAGCAUGAUAUAAUACUUCUUAUUCAAAUAUACAAAUACUCAGAUCAAAUCAGAUCA